AUGGGCCCAGACUUCAAAGAGGCCAUAAGGAAGGAAUUGCACGAUCUCCUCCGACGUGGCACCUGGAGACUGGUCGAACGCAGCAAGGCACAGGGAUCGCCUCUUCCACUGAAGUGCAAAGCUCGGAUCUGCGUCCGUGGCGACCUGCAGGACGAGGACGACGGACGGGAGACAUAUGCAGCCACCCUUGCAGCAAAAACCUUCAGAAUCGUGAUGGCAAUCGCAGCCCGAUUCGGUCUUGACGUUAGACAAUUCGACGUUGGUAACGCCUUCCUGUACAGCGACCUAAAGAAGGACCAUCCCGUCUACGUCCGGCUCCCGCAAGGCUUUGCCUUGUAUGGUCUUCGAGAGUCUCCACUGCUCUGGUACAAUGAGAUCUCCCAGGCCCUCAAGGAGGCAGGGAUUGACCGUACGGAUGAAGAACCUUGUGUGUUUACCAACGGCAAAAUCCUGGCUCUUGUCUAUGUCGACGACAUCUUGAUUCUCAACCCACGGCAAGAGAAGAAGGCGGUAAACGACCUGGUCCAGCAUCUCCAAUCCAAAUACGAUCUGCGCGAAGAAGAAUUUAAGUGGUAUCUUGGCAUCAGAGUUGUAAGGGAUCGACCAAACAGGAAGAUCUACCUCUGCCAAGACGCGUACGUCGAGAAAAUUGCGCGAAAGUUCAAGCUCAGCGACUUGAAACUCCGAGUACCAUCAAUCCCCAUCGCGACGAUCCCGCUCGUCAAGUACAACGGGCAGGCUACCAAGGAAGAGAUAAAGGCCACGAGCAGCAGCCCAGCUCGCGAGGUUCCUGACAAACCCAUCGCCUGA